AGUUGUCAUUCAUUUCAGUCAACAUUCACGCUGAACGUCGUUGUUGGCCUUUCAUUCGCUGAAUUUUUUGGACAUCUAAUAAGCAAAACGGUACGGUGGAAUUCAAAUAAUAAAUAACAAAAACAUUUAAAAAAAUAUAUCCGAAACAGAGAGGUGCAAAGUCCAUUGACAAAAAAAAAACCGACUCAUCAUCUUGGCCUUCAAUGAACUCAACCAGAAGAGAGUGCACAGUGUAACAUAACAGAAUUCAUUCAUUGUCAAGAUAAAGUUUCAUCAUCAGUUGUUGUGUUUGUUGAUAGAAAAGAGAAGAGUGUGCGAAAGAGGGAGGACGAGUGGUUGUGCGUACAUAACUAACUAGAACUAAGUGAAUAUUUGUACUCCAAGAUGACUGCAGUUAAUACGAGGCAAGUAUUAUUAUUUCUUCGUCCCCUAAGGACUCAAUCAUCAAGAAGAAACAACUCCUCCUACAAUUCUGUAACCAAUGAACCAAAACAGAGAAAUUUUGCCACAAGAGAUUUUGAAGAAAUCCAAAUUCCCGUACCAUGGGGUCACAUAGCCGGCAAAUGGUAUGGACCGAAACAUGAAAGACCGCUGGUUGGUUUACAUGGUUGGCAAGAUAACGCUGGCACCUUUGACACAUUGGCCCCCUUGCUGCCGCGGGAUAUGCCCUUCCUAGCGUUGGAUAUGCCUGGUCAUGGUCUAUCUUCUUGGCUACCCGAGGGUAUACAUUAUCAUUCAAUCGAUUAUGUGACACUGCUUAAUCGCAUUAUGGAGGAAUAUAAAUGGGAUAAAAUUUCCCUCAUGGGCCAUUCAAUGUCUUCGAUAAACAGUUUUGUCUACACUGCCUUAUUCCCGCACAAAGUUGAUUUAUUAAUUGGAUUGGAUGUUCUAAAACCCCUGACGAGGUCUGCCCAAAAAAUUGUCGAUAUUAUUGGUGAACGUAUCGAAGGCAUAACAAAAGUUGAACGAAGAAUACGUAAUAAAAGUGAACCACCGGCCUAUGAAUGGGACCAACUGGUGGAACGUUUACAUGUGGGCACCGACAAAUCGGUGGAUAUGGACACAUGUAAAUUCCUGUUGAAACGUAACAUUAAACCCUCCGAACAUGAACCACAUAAAUACUAUUUUUCACGUGAUGGACGUUUAAAGAACUCGCUGUUUUAUGCCUUCUCGCAACAAGUACCUGUUGAAAUGGCAAAACGCAUAACAUGCCCUCACUUGUUUAUUAAAGCCCUGCAAGCGCCCUACUAUGAACGUAAGGAAUAUUAUGAUGAAGUUUUGGCCAUUUUAAAACAAAAACCUAAUUUCGUUUAUUACGAAGUCGAGGGUAGUCAUCAUGUGCAUUUAAACGAACCCGAAAAGGUGGCACAUUUUAUUAACUCGUUUUUGGAAAAAUACAAAAGUUAGGAAUACAUGUAAAAUAUUGUAUAGCUGAUGUUAUUUGAGAGUUAGACACAGACAAAUUUUUGGACUGUUAUUGAGUCUACAGACCAGAAAGGGAAAUUAAAUUGAAGAAAAUGAUACACGUUCUUUUGUCUUAAAAUCUGGUGUUUUUCAUGAAUUUGCCUAUGUCUAGUUUUUGAAAUUGUAUACUUUUAUAGUAAAUUUAGAUUAUUUAAUAUUAUUGUACAUAAUUUUAUGAUUAGUUUGUUGUAAAGUUCAAAUCAAUUGCCUUGGGUAUGUGAAAAUCAUGUCCAAAUUUAACGACAGCUAAGAAUCCUUAUUACCUCAGGAUCACCAAAAACUUUGAUCAUUAGACAACCGAAAUCCAUCCAUCACUCUAAACGGCUAUGAACUUGAAGGAUAUUAAAACGUUUAUAGAAGUUAUUACGAAAAAAAA